UGGAGCCGCGGGCUGGCGGGUCGGGGCGAGGGGGGGAGACUUCCCCUUCCCUUGCCGAGCGAGCCGGAGAACGCGCUUCUGCAACUCCUCGUGUCCCGGCGGUUCCGGCAGCCCCGCAGCAUGAUCUGGAAAACUCUCCCGCUGCUCUGUGCCCUGCUGGCCGUCGCCCGGCUGCGAGCGGAGGAAGAGCCAAGGAGCAAAUCCAAAAUCUGUGCCAAUGUUUUCUGUGGAGCUGGGCGGGAAUGUGCGGUGACGGAGAAGGGAGAGCCGACCUGCCUCUGCAUUGAGAAAUGCAAACCUCACAAGAGGCCUGUGUGUGGUAGCAAUGGCAAGACGUACCUGAACCAUUGUGAGCUGCACCGAGAUGCCUGCCUCACUGGCUCCAAGAUCCAAGUGGAUUACGAUGGCCACUGUAAAGAGAAGAAGUCUGAGAAUCCAGCUGCAAGUCCAGUUGUCUGUUACCAGUCGGACAGGGACGAGCUUCGUCACCGUGUCAUCCAGUGGCUGGAAGCAGAAAUUAUCCCAGACGGCUGGUUUUCCAAGGGCAGCAACUACAGUGAAGUCCUGGACAAGUACUUCAAGAACUUUGAUGAUGGCGAUUCUCGCCUGGACUCCACUGAAUUCCUGAAGUUUGUGGAGCAGAACGAGACUGCUGUCAACAUCACAACCUACGUGGACCAGGAGACCAACAAGCUGCUCAGGGGACUCUGUGUAGAUGCCCUCAUCGAGCUGUCAGAUGAAAAUAGUGACUGGAAGCUCAGCUUCAAUGAAUUUCUCAAGUGCCUCAGCCCAUCCUUCAACCCGCCAGAGAAAAAGUGUGCCCUGGAAGACGAGACCUAUGAGGAUGGAGCAGAGACCCAGGUGGAGUGCAACCGCUGUGUCUGUGCCUGUGGAAACUGGGUGUGCACUGCAAUGACGUGUGAAGGGAAGAAUGAGAAGAUGACUGCUCACAGACAGCAACCUGGUCAAGACUUGACUGAGGAGGAGCUAGCUAGAUAUGUUCAGGAGCUGCAGAAACAUCAGGAGACAGCUGAGAAGAACAAGAAGAUGAACACCAAGGAGAUGUAAGGGGCCUCCACAUCGGAGGAGCCCAGGAGGAUGGGCCCAACCUGCUGCUCUGUCCUCCAGUGCUGAUCUCAGUAUGCACAAGUGUCUGCUACAGUUGCCCAGUCACAGAUAUUUACAUUGUAUAGCGAUGGGUUAUUUGUUUUGUAAUACACAGAGAAUGGGGCCAGGAAAGGGGAGCAGAGCCCACCAGGUCAGGGAGCUUUGUUGCUGGGGCCUUGGAAGUCUUCAGGGAAACUACAGCAGCCCCUGGGACCCUUCCCCAGGGCAGCAGUGGUUUCUCCCAGGAGCUUAUGGGGAUUUCUUGUUCCCCUAGAUCUGGGGAAAGGAUGGAGGUCAGUGCUGGAUAUGAGGGAGUCUUCAAUUCACAGCUGUCAGCACCAGCACAGGCCUGGCAGUUUUUCAGCCGAGCAUGUGUGCUGCUGCAGGGCAUAAUGAGGCAAGGGCAUUGCCUCGCUUACCUUCCUCUUUGGUUUGAGCUCCUCAAAGCUGAUCAGCCUCAUGUGACACCUGGAAGUCAUGGUGCCAUGCUGCUGGCAGGAGCCCAGCACAUUCCUCCUUGCUUUCCACCAGUCUGUCCCCAGCAGCUCCUCCAGUACAUUGUGGGCUACAAAACAACACAGUCCCUUUUGACCUCAUCUCACUCUUACUCUCCUCGCCCCCUCCUUAAAGGUGCUAUCAUAUUUUUUCUUAUCACAUUCACAUGCCGACUCCCCCCCCCCCUUUUUUUUUUUUGUUUUUUCUUUGUUUUGUUUUGUUUUUUAUUACUUUAUUUCCUAUGUUAGUAAUACAGCGUUUGUAUGUUUCGUAGCUCUAGGUCUUUCAAGAAAACCCAGCCUGUGGGUUUUUGUUAUUGACAGUGCUGUAACGCCCCGUGCACAGUUUCUAUCACACUGCAUUCAGUCACCACAAGCAAAUGACUUGUGAGCCCUACAUUACAGGGUAUUUCUUACUUGAGGAUUGCAGCAUCCCUCGGUGAACAAAGAGGCAGGGCUGGAUGUAAUGAGUUCUACUAGACACAGGUUGACACUGCAGCUCUCUCUGACUUUUGCUCCUAGCACUGAUUGUGUGCUCAGAGUCUUGAAUUGCCCAGAGGGACAUGCUAGGUUGUCCAGAAACAGAGGGACGUGGCAUCGCAUUAGUAGGUUAUCUACAUAGAAAACUGUUCAGUCGAAGUUUGAGCUGUUAGCCAUCAUCCUGGGUUUUCCAUCUCCCUCUGGGAUAAGGCAGCAGCAUUCAUUUCUAAUUGCAGAUGUGUGUUCAGAGUCAGGGCUAGAACCCUUCUUGCUGACACAAUUUUUAGCGUCUCUGAUCAGACCUUUUUUUUAAUACCCUUUGCGGGUCAUUUCCAAGUAUCUUGUUUCUCAGAGCAUUGGUUCUAGUUAAAAAUGAAAAGCUGUUUUGUUGACAGUGACCUCUCUAGCCUCAUGCACCAGCUGAUUUUCUCCUGCAGUUGUCCAGUGUAUUUCCUAUACUUACACCUAAGCAUCCUCUGUCCACAUUCCCUUCAUGUCCCUGCUGUGCAUCCCAAGCAGUGGCACGUCUCUGAAUCAAGAGGACUGCUGUGAUUUCUGUCUUCCUGUUUCUGAACAACAAAUUGUUGCCAGGUGUCUUGCAGUCCAUAGUGCUUACUCAAGUGAAAGUCAGCCUGCAUCAGCAGAAGCAUGUUCUGCUUGAAAGAAGAUCAGCAGAGCUCGAGUCUCCACCUUCCCUUGUCGUCACGAUACUUCCCUUGAAGAAGAAGACUGAGCUGGUGCCUUGCAAGCAUAGGAAAAGACAUUAGACAUCUCCUAGCGCCUCCCCUAGUUAGAGGCAAAGCAGCAUCAUGUGUUGGUUCUGGAGUCACGGGAACAUAGUUAAUAAAUGUUUUGCUUCAUUCUGCCCCAACUCUGAAGGGUAGUUGGUGCCUCCCAGCUCUCUUCCUUGCAGCUUGGAUCAUUGAAGUGCCUUAAAAAAAACCCACAACAGCUUGCCUUAAAGGCUUUCCCUGGAUGGG